AUGUUAUAUCCUCUCGAAUUUCCGCGGCCCCGUCGACCACUUUUCGGGGAUUAUGGAGGGAAAUCAGGACUGAUCCAGACGCAACAGGAUCCCAAAAAUGUUGGACGGUUGGGGAAGAUGUGGCAGUUUUUGCUUCCUUAUCUUAAGGAUUAUGCCGAGCAAUCCUCGGUACAUGGCAUUCGAUAUCUGGCAGAUCCAAAGAUGAGGAAAUUCGAGAGGUUAAUUUGGCUAGUCAUUCUGGUGGCCACAAGCAUUGGAGCCACUGUGGUUUACUUCGAACUGAACGAAUUGUACCAGAAUGUGCGCAUUCACACCACCAUUAAGAACACCAUGCAUCCAAUUUUCCGGGCGCCGUUUCCUUCGAUUGGCAUCUGCCCAAAGGACCGAUUGAACUGGGUGCUCCUGGAAAACGGAGCAGCUGAGCAUUUCUUUGGGCCCAACGUUUCUGCCCUUCAAAAGGAAGUCUUCAUCAAGUUCUUGUAUGCAGCAGACGAUCCACACCUGUCCCGCAUCAGCGAGAUGUCCAGCUUCUUCGAAAACGAAACUCUAGUUGCUAAUCUGCAUUUGCUAGAUGGAUUGAACCUCCGGGAAGUCUACGAGUACACCCAGUUCAAGUGCCAGGAUAUCUUUUCGAGCUGCCGCUGGCGGGGAAAGCUGGUGAACUGCUGCGAGAUUUUCGAGAACCAAUUUACGGAGUCCGGCUUGUGUUUACUCUUCAACUCAGCCAUCACCAAAGCAUCACGAAAAAGAGCGGCGGAGGAUAAGUACUAUCCCCUCCGCACUCCGCAGUACGGCGAUGGUUGGGGUCUGGAUAUAAUUUUCAGACUGAAUGACUCGUAUAUUCGUCCCGGAAAACGUGGCAUAUUCGUGAUGAUCAAGCAGCCGGAGCAGUGGAGCGACGUGGUGCGCCACGUGCCCCAUGAUGCACACACCCGGGUGAGUAUGGUGCCCCGAUACACGAUCACGGAUGCCCGAGCCCGUUCCGUAAGUCCCAAAGUCCGGGGAUGCAUCUUCUGGGAUGAAACCGACGCCCCGGAGUACAAGAACCUGCCGGGAUUCGAGUACUGGGUGGGAAACUGUCGCUCCAAAUGCCACCAGGAACAUGUCGUCAAUCUGUGUAAUUGCUCGCCCUCCAUCUUCUUUCCCGUCACCGAUUAUGAUAAUAUUACAAUAUGCAAGGCUUCCGACUUCAAAUGUCUGUACGACAACAGAUUAGUCUUCAGCAAUGAACGGCAUCCGGACGAGAAUGAGUACGUUAAGAAUUAUUUCAAUGACAGCAUGAUUUGUGAUUGCUUUACCAGCUGCAAACAGCUUAUUUUCGAGCGCGUUUUCACCUCCACUUUCAUGGAUUAUAAUGAAACUAACACACAGGUGGGUUCAAUGCGUUUGGACAUUUUCUACCAAUCCGGUUGGUUUAUCUCAUAUCAGACCACCUUGAGAUUUACCUUUGUGGAACUAUUGGCUAGUUUUGGUGGUGUAAUUGGACUUUUUCUGGGCGCCUCUUUGCUGAGCGCCUUUGAAUUGGCCUACUACUUCUCAAUUGGUCUUUACCUAUACAUAAAGGACAAGAGCAAAUUGAAAAAACCCAAAAUUAUAACAGUACCUUUUGGUCAAAGGAAAAUUACACCGAUUAAGUAUAUACGAUAA